AAAAAAAUAAGCUAACGUUGAGAAGAUCUUAAGCGUUGGGUUGAACAGACAGAGGCUUUAAAAUAAUAAAAUGAAGUCUACUUCUGUGCCCAUUAAUAAGCAAUUGUGUGCGGCACUUGGGUAUACACUUAUAAAACAGCAAUUUUUAAAUUGUUAAGUAAUUUACACAAACACAUGACCAAAAAGAAAAAAUAUUAAUAUAUUAAAUGAAUAACCAAAAACAAAUCAUGAUGUUUGCUCUGCUUUGGUUUUUUAUGCCUUCAAUUGACAUUGUGACGUUAAUCAUCGAUUUUGACAAAGCAAACAGUGGCUGUGAAUGGAGACUCGAAUGGACGGACAUUCAGUGUUGAUAACAAUAGACAAAAGGAGCACCAUUACACAUUGCGAUCGGCGACACACUUGUUGGUACCAGUAUAUAUUUUUGUAUGUAUGUUCGUAUAAAGUGCGAACGCCACCACAGCGGCUGCGGCAGGCUACGGUGACAGUGCAGUCCACAGUUACUUAUUUUUAUUAAUUUAUUUAUGUACAUCUGCCAUGUGUUGCAACGACUUAUUCAAGCAGAAAAAAACAUAAAGAAAGAAGAAAAAAGAUAUUUAGUUUUGAAAUUGCCUUCUCUCUUAUAUCGGUGUAGUACCUACGACGCAUUGUUGGUAAAUCACAAAAUCACUAACCCACAUGGGAAACAAGCGUCACAUGGUGAACGGUGCGAAAUUUUAUUUAAUUUUGAAGCCAUAAUUCAAAUAAUUGAGCAAGUGCACUUUCCAACGAACAUUCGUUUUAUCAAACGAUCAAAUGACGGUUACAAAGCCAGUUUUGAAAGCUUGUUUUUCAAACUACUCACAAUUCAAUGAUAAUAAAACACGUCUCAGGUGUUGAAUGGUUUAAGAAAUUCAUGUCGGUCAAGUUCAAACUGGAAGCUUUGGCGUAAACAUGAGCCCCCCGAAAAUGUUUCGGUGCAAAAUCAUAGGAGAUCGACAUAGCCCACCUGACCACCAACUGAACGAGGGCUUUAUAAAUAAUGGAUUUCACUACGAUGAUAUAGAUCACCCUUACAUCUACGACCAGUUUGAUGGUGACAUCGAUUACACCAUGACUAACUCACAUCACAAUUCCUAUGAGGAUAGUUUAGCCGAUCAGGAGGAGCAAAGAGAUGCGGAUCUGAGUAUGGAAAGAGAUAUACGAUGUCUGCCGGAUUUGCAAUUUUCUAUAUUGGAGUCGGAGUACGAUGAGGCCUUGAAUAUACCCGAUUCGGUGACCAUAAUUUCGGCUGGAGGUGAUAAGCCGGUGUUGGUGGAACGCAAGGACUGCACCGAUGAUGAUGAAUACGAUGAGGAUGAAGUGCAGCUGAGACGUCUCACGGAAAUACCUUUUACCAGAAUCUAUGCUCCUGGUGUCAAAUUUACCUCAUUUCAGCGUAAGGUGUUUAUGCCGGGCAUAGAGAUAAAAGUGCAAAUUAUCAAUGUGGAACGCAGUGUGACCACUCAUUUGCUCAAUCCUAACCUAUACACUAUUGAGUUAUCACAUGGCCCCUUUUCCUGGACCAUUAAAAGACGUUACAAACACUUUAGCAGCCUUCAUCAACAGCUGAGCAUAUUUCGCACCUCCCUCAAUAUUCCCUUUCCCAUGCGUAGCCACAAAGAGAAACGAGCCACCAUUAAAAAUGCUGCCAUACAAAUGGCUGACGAAUGUCGCAUUAUGGAACUGCAGAAGUCUUCCAGUUUUAAGCAUACGGCCAACAAUGGACAUGGCACCUCAAUGACCAGCCAACCUCAAUCCCUGCCCAUGACUCCCAUACAAAAUAAUAAACUUACCCUAUCCUCAAGUAUGGGACGUGGCAGCACACGCCGCAAGAAAAGGAAAAAACGUAAACUGCCACGUUUUCCACAGAGACCGGAGUCACUGGUCACCGCUGAAUCCAUGCAUCUGCGUAUGGACCAAUUACAAGAUUAUCUGUAUAAUCUAUUGAAUAUAAGUCUGUAUAGAAAUCAUCACGAAACGCUAAACUUUGUGGAAGUCUCAAAUGUCUCCUUCGUUGAUGGCCUGGGCAUUAAGGGCAAGGAAGGUGCCAUUCUUAAACGCACUGGCUCUACGCGCCCCGGCCAAGCUGGCUGCAACUUUUUUGGUUGCUUCCAACAAAAGUGCUGUGUGCGCUGCAACUAUUUUUGUUCCGAUGUUGUCUGCGGAAAGUGGCGUAGCCGUUGGUUCUUUGUCAAGGAAACCUGCUUCGGUUAUGUGCGUCCCUCGGAUGGUGUCAUUAGAGCUGUGAUAUUGUUUGACAUGGGUUUCGAUGUCUCCACGGGCAUUUAUCAAACGGGCAUGCGCAAAGGUCUGCAGGUGUUGACCAACAAUAGGCAUAUCAUCUUAAAAUGUUGGACUCGCAGAAAAUGCAAAGAGUGGAACGAAUACCUCAAACAAACCGCCAAUACCACAGCCCGUGAUUUUACUGCCCCCAAUCCACACAACUCCUAUGCUCCCGAAAGAUCCAACAUAGAGGCUCAAUGGUUUGUGGACGGCUGUUCCUACAUGUCCAUGGUGGCCGAUGCCUUGGAAGCUGCCACCGAGGAAAUCUAUAUAGCCGAUUGGUGGCUAAGUCCGGAAAUCUAUAUGAAAAGGCCUGUGAUUGAUGGUGACUACUGGCGUUUAGAUAAGAUUCUAUUGCGCAAAGCCCAGGAAGGAGUCAAAGUAUUUGUAAUGCUCUACAAGGAGGUGGAAAUGGCCUUGGGCAUAAAUAGUUACUAUAGCAAGCAGAAAUUGGUCAGUUUGCAUGAGAAUGUGAAGGUAAUGCGUCAUCCUGAUCAUGCCAGAGCUGGGGUAUUUUUCUGGGCCCAUCAUGAGAAAAUCGUGGUGGUAGAUCAGACCUAUGCCUUUCUUGGUGGCAUUGACCUAUGCUAUGGUCGUUGGGAUAACUAUCGACACCGUCUUACGGAUUUGGGUAGUAUAUCCACAGCCUCAGCUUCGGGCAGCACUCGCAGGCAGGGAGGAUUUUUCAAUAGGGAAGAGGUGGACUCGGCCUUUGGCUCACAAAAGUCUUCGCGUAAUACCAACACCGAGGUACAGACAGCCGAACAGCAGCAGGUGCAAAGUGAAAUGAGUGAGGAUCGCCUUGAUCUGCCCUCAUUGAUGCCGGGCGACAAACUUGUGAUACCCAGUAUGAUACCCAUACCUUUGGCUGAUUCCGUUCCCCUGGAGGGUAUGAAGCUUAACACUCCCGAAAUGGAGCGUAAAAAUGUGCUGCAAAAUCUUAAAGAUAAUGCCAUGAAAAAGGGCAAGGUCUUGGUUAAUCGUCUGACCAUGACCGAGGGUGACAAAACUCCCGAUAUCAUCAAAGAUCCCAAGCAAUUGGUUUUCACCGUCCAAGAACUGGAGGAGUCACGCAAAGCCUGUCUCGAGGAUGCCACACCCUUUCAAACUGACAUACUGCAAGAUUUCUAUGGUCAGGCCAAGUAUUGGUUUGGCAAGGAUUAUUCCAAUUUCAUUAUGAAGGAUUGGAUGAAUCUGGAUGCUCCUUUUGCCGAUAUGAUAGAUCGCACCACCACGCCACGCAUGCCUUGGCAUGAUGUGGGCAUUUGUGUGGUGGGAGCAUCAGCACGUGAUGUGGCGCGUCACUUUAUACAACGUUGGAAUGCCAUGAAGCUGGAGAAGAUGCGUGACGCCCACUCAUUUCCCUAUCUAAUACCAAAGAGUUAUAAACAAAUCAAAUUAAAUCCAAAUAUUAACCUCAAAAGAACGCAUCGAGUGUCGUGUCAGCUGCUGCGCAGUGUUGCCUCAUGGAGUUGUGGUUUCAUCGAACAGGAUCUGGUGGAGCAGAGUAUACACGAUGCCUACAUACAGACAAUAACAAAGGCACAACAUUAUAUUUACAUAGAGAAUCAGUUCUUUAUAACGAUGCAAUUGAGUGCCACCCCGGGAUGGAGUAAUGUGCGCAAUCAGAUUGGAGAGGCAUUGUUCAAUAGGAUACUGAGGGCACACAAGGAACGCAAAGUAUUCCGUGUCUAUGUGAUUAUGCCAUUGCUGCCUGGCUUUGAAGGAGAUGUCGGCGGCAGCAGUGGCAAUGCCGUUCGAGCCAUAACACAUUGGAAUUAUGCCUCUAUAUCACGAGGCAAAUCGGCUAUUCUGGUGCGUCUCAAAGAGGUUGGCAUUAAAAACCCUGAGCAGUAUAUAUCAUUUCAUUCGUUGCGUACAAUUUCGGAGCUGAAUAAUACACCCAUAACCGAAUUGAUUUAUGUACAUUCUAAACUCCUUAUAGCGGAUGAUCGUGUGGUCAUCUGUGGUUCGGCCAAUAUCAAUGAUAGAUCAAUGAUAGGCAAACGGGAUUCUGAGAUAGCUGCCAUUAUAACGGACAAUGAAUUUGAGGAUGGUCGCAUGAAUGGCAGAAAAUAUCCUAGCGGAGUAUUUGCUGGACGUCUUAGGAAAUAUUUGUUCAAAGAGCAUUUGGGUUUAUUGGAUCCCGAUGCCGAUCGCAUGCAAAUAGAUGUUACCGAUCCUGUGGCUGAUAAAUUUUGGAAUGCCACCUGGAAGCGUAUUUCGACACGCAAUACCGAAAUCUAUGAUGAGGUAUUCAAAUGCAUACCCAACGAUAAUAUCAAAACAUUUGCCAAUUUACGUAAAUAUCAAGAAGAAAGUCCUCCCCUAUGUAAAACAGAUCCUGAUGUGGCCUUCAAGAGGAUAAUGAAUAUUCAGGGCUCCAUAGUGGAUCUGCCUUUGGAUUUUCUUAACAAAGAGGUGUUGACACCGCCUGGCACCAGUAAAGAAGGUUUAAUACCUACCUCGGUUUGGACUUAGUUCACAUAAAGAUAUAUCAUUAUCUUUCACUGUUUUAAUAUUUAUUAAAUGGUUAUUUUUUUUUUUGUUUGUUAUUUUUGUAAAUACUAUUAGAUGUAUUUGUUGUAGGCAUAUCUAAAUUAGGUCUAUAAUUUAAGUUGUUAUCAGUCUUCACACAGUCAAUCAGUUAGUCAAGAUAAGGAGAGUAUCAUUCCAAUGUGUUCAGCAUGAAUGCACAAAUGUUUAAAUGCAGUAUUUUUUAGUGAAAUCCAACUACAUAUAUACAUACAUUUAUAUAUAUAUAUACACACAUACACAUAUACAAAUUUAUUUGUAUAUUUUAUCAAUAUGUAA